AUGUCCAAGUUGUUACAAGCUGCAGUGCUGUUGUCUGGCAACAAGGCUGCAGUGCUGUUGUCUGGCAACAAGGCUGCAGUGCUGUUGUCUGGCAACAAGGCUGCAGUGCUGUUGUCUGGCAACAAGGCUGCAGUGCUGUUGUCUGGCAACAAGGCUGCAGUGCUGUUGUCUGGCAACAAGGCUGCAGUGCUGUUGUCUGGCAACAAGGCUGCAGUGCUGUUGUCUGGCAACAAGGCUGCAGUGCUGUUGUCUGGCAACAAGGCUGCAGUGCUGUUGUCUGGCAACAAGGCUGCAGUGCUGUUGUCUGGCAACAAGGCUGCAGUGCUGUUGUCUGGCAACAAGGCUGCAGUGCUGUUGUCUGGCAACAAGGCUGCAGUGCUGUUGUCUGGCAACAAGGCUGCAGUGCUGUUGUCUGGCAACAAGGCUGCAGUGCUGUUGUCUGGCAACAAGGCUGCAGUGCUGUUGUCUGGCAACAAGGCUGCAGUGCUGUUGUCUGGCAACAAGGCUGCAGUGCUGUUGUCUGGCAACAAGGCUGCAGUGCUGUUGUCUGGCAACAAGGCUGCAGUGCUGUUGUCUGGCAACAAGGCUGCAGUGCUGUUGUCUGGCAACAAGGCUGCAGUGCUGUUGUCUGGCAACAAGGCUGCAGCGGCAGAAGGUUAA